UGUUUCUUUUAGACCAGCCCUGGUGUCACAAUGGCUGUGGUAAGACUUCACUAGUUCUGUCUUCACCUCCGUCCAUUGUGCUACACAAACACAGUUCAGAACGGCAAACAUUUAAACUGACAGAGGCUUUCUUUUUCUCUCCUCUUUUAGAGAACAGCCCCUCUUUCUGGCCCUCCCUUCCCAACUCUCAGUGUGGGGGGGUCAGACAGUCGCCGAUCAACAUUGAUACUAACCAGCUGACCUUUGACCCCAGUCUCCGCAACCUCACCUUCAGUGACAUCACUAAUCCACACAGCAUCAAGUUCCUCACCAACAAUGGACACACAGUGAGCUGUGUGUUAGAGGGCCUGAUGGAGGUGAGAGGAGGGGGGCUCCCUCAUGGCUACACGGCCGUCAUGAUGCAUUUCCACUGGGGAGGUGACUCACUGUGCCACCCAGGCUCUGAGCACACAGUGGAUUCAGUCAGAUACCCCAUGGAGAUCCACCUUGUGACACUGAAGGAAGGCUUGACAAUGGAGCAGGCUAAGACUGACCCGGAGAGGAUAGCAGUGUUUGGAUUCUUCAUAGAUGUGACAGGCGACCAAUGGCAUAUGGAAUCCUGGAGGACUUUGACAUCAUAUCUGCUGAAUAUAACAGAGAAGGGUUCAUCAGUUGACAUAGUGCAGCCACUAUCCAUCAGUGAUCUGCUAGGAAGUGUGGACCUCACCAAGUUCUACCGCUACCAGGGUUCUCUGACCACCCCCACCUGCGAUGAAGUGGUGGUAUGGACCGUGUUCGAAGAGCCAAUCAAGUUGCGGAGAGAUCUAGUCAGUGGUAACCUAACAUAGCAGGCGUAAAAGAAAAGCCUGAGCGGAGCUGGAAGAAACGGGAAGCAUCCGGUUUGAGUCGUCACCUCCGCUUCCUGAAAACCGCAUGCUUACGGUUUCUUUCAACCCCGCUGAGGGUGAGUGAGUGGUGGUGGGCUGACUUGUCGAUUGGUUGGAUUUACACUCCAGCAAGCGUUCUCCUUAGGAAAAUGUAUGUCAAAUGAAAGAGGAGUGUGCAGCUUUAUUUGCCUGAGCCAUUGAAGAAGCCCUAAGGCAGCGGUUGAAAUUUACACAAUUGUUACCCAGAGGAAAAUGGGGGAGGUGGAGCGGUUUCCUAAAACCCUGAAGUACAGAAACAUCUACCGGCCAGUGCAGCGCCUCAACGGGCGCCCCGUCUACGCUUCCCCCGGGGUGUCAGUGUACCCACUGGGCCGCGUCAGCAGCGGCCAGACAUCCAGCAGAGGCGCUCUCUCGCCCGGCCUAUUACUACUGCUACUACUGGGCUGGGGGUGAGGCUGGACGCCCAGGGGAGGGGAGGUAUGCAGAAAUAAGGGGUGGAGGGAAAGCAGGAGGAAAAAAGAAGAGGGUGGGGAAAAUAAGUGUUUGAUACUCAAGGGAGGUCAAUUUCAGCCGAAUUCUGUCAAUAAUAAAUGUGCUGUAUGUUCCCUCAGGACAACUGUACCCUGUCAUUAGUAUCUUAUGCAGCAAAAAGAAUGCUUCAGUGUAAACUAAACAACUGCCCACUGACAACAACAAUUCAAACGGCAAUAGGAAAGAAGGCAGGACACACCGGUUCACUUAGGUGCCAGACAAUGCAAAGCUUUAUUUUAGGUGUAUCGAGAAUGCAAAUGGAGGUACAGACAUAGCUGUUCUUAGUUCCUCCUUUGUACCUUUGUCAUAGAGCAGCACCCUCUCUCUCCACCUGUCCCACACUCUGAUGGAAGCCCCUCCCACCAGCCAUGUGAGCUCUGCCACGGGGGUAGUUGGCACCUCCCCUGCUUCGCUGACCUCGCCCGUCCCAGUAGCGAUGGUGCCUGCCCCCCCGAGCAUCCCAUUGGUCCGUUCCUCUGAAAUACCGCUCUUGCCAUUGGUCAGGCUGUUGCGCUGAACCGCGAGGGCCUCUCCUCCUUCCCCUCUCCCUAUGGCCUCGCCCAGGCUCCAUUUCCAUGCCGUUGCUAGGUGGGAUGUCCAUUUUAGGAGUGUCCAGGCUCGAUUUGCUUAUUGGCUGACCGUAUUUAGGAACUGGAGCCUCUUGUUGGCCUAGCUCCGUACGUCCCUCCCCUUCUUCCUUCUCCAAUUGGCUUAACUGUGCUUGUCCCAGUUCUGGGUGGUUAGAGUUCUCCUGAAGUCUGGCUUUGAUCGGUGCGUCAUGAGAGUUGGCAGGAGGAGCACUGUGGAAGUUGUCAUGUUUCUCUGAAGACAGGGAGAGUUUGUCCAGAUGGUCAGUGGGGGGGACAGGUGUCCCUGGGUGGGUGUGGGGCCUGCCUCUCCCUCCCCUCCUCAGGCCCCUGAAGUGGCCCUGUGGCCCUUGGUGCCAGUACUGGUGACCUGGCCUUCCCCUGCGAUGCGAGUGGCUUGCGUGCUGCAGCUUUGGUGCUGUGAUCUGAUUGGUGGAGGCAGGGGGAAGGGAGAGCAGUGAUUGGCUGGGAGAGGCAUUCCCGUCAGUGGUGACGUUGUCCAAGUCGGGAGGCGGCUGUGAAAAACAAGUCGCAAUGUUGUUUAAUUAAGAUACAUCAUCAGGAAAGUGUACGCUCACGCACAGACACACUUCAGCUAAUAUUGUUUGCUAAGCCCCUCCUUGUUCCUUACCUCAUUAAUAUGUAUGAGGAAGCGGUUAGACUCCGCCUCUGUGUCAAUAAUACCGCCUUUUGCUUUCUGACGCUCCAAAAGGUUCUGGAGCUCAGCCCACUUCUGCCGGAACUCCACCCCUAUCACCGCUCCCUCCAGCUGAGUGAAGUAGAGGUCAGCACAAAUGGAUGUAUUUGCAAUAGCAGCCACUAUAAUUGAAGGUGUGGUGUACCACAAGUGGUGUAGUUGAAAUUGCAAGCCAAAUUAUGACAGUACUGUAGAGGAAAAAAGAACAGCUACAAGAAGCAACAUAGCAGUACAGUGUGUCGUCAGUGUGUGCAGUUGUGUCUUUACCUUUGGAAAGCUAGGGGCGGGAUUGGACAGGAGCUGGGCAACGUUGUAAGUCAGAGGUUCUCUACACACGGGACACACAACGGUUAGCUCCUACAGGGGGAGGGAGAAAGAACCGCCAGUCAAAAUGACCACUAAAUGAAUCAUCACUAAAAUCUCCAGGAAUAUAGCAAAAAUAUAUAUAUAUAUAUAUAUAUACUUUGACCCCCCCCCCCCCAAAAAAUGCAGUUUCACUUCAGCAACUCCCAGUCAAUUCUACUGCUGCAUAUGGAUACUUGAUCUCACCUCAUCGUCGGUCCUCUCCCGUGUCUUGUCCUGCUCCAGCUCCUUCUCCCUCUCCUGGAGCUCAGUCUCAGAGUGGGUGAUGUAGCGGCCUAGGCAGUGGGAGUGGAAGUAGUGGUAGCAUCUGGUCUUGGUGAACGCCUCCCCAUCCUGGGACAGACCAGAAAGACAAGGGAGGACAAGGUUUACAUGACACACAAUGCUGCGGUUCCAUUUUGUGUCCACUUGCUCACUCCCCCUCACGGAUUUCAAAAGCAUUGGAUUGGUGUUAACAUGGGCUACAGAGAGUUUCAAACAGGAAGACUAGUUUAAAUUCUCAUCUUGUGUGGUCUAAUGGAAAUACUCAUUAAAACAGAUCACCUUAAACCCGUAAAGGCAGAUGACGCAGUUCCCAUGGGGAAUAUUGCUCUCCGUCAGGAUCUCUUUGGCUUUCUGAGAGAGACAGAGAAAAGAGGGACCGAGUCAGGUACUUGAUAUUCUCUAUUUAUACAUUCCUAAAUUUUAAAAAACAUUUUUUUUUAAAAUCAGGACAAAGGGCAUCUUUGAUCCACAGUUCUAAUUAUAAUAUCACAAAUACAGUUCUUAAAUUACUGUAGUCUCCAACUAAGAGAUUUCAAAUAAGAACAGAGAGAAUGAGAGAAACGGGAAGAAAGAAAGAGAACUGGCCUCAAUGAGCUGGUACAACACAGGGGAACCCAGGCAGGACUCCGCCUCUGUCUGCAGACAUUUCUGCACACUGGGAGAGAGAGAGAGAAAUCUUGGAGCAACACAAGCAACAGGGGACAUACACUAAAUUAAACUACCCUUCAUCAGAGCAGACUACAAUGAACCUAAGAUGGAGGACAACAGAUUUACUCUCGUUACCUGCACAGCUUGUCAUCAGAAAGACCCCGAGGGUUGUGGAUGGAAAUGGAGGGAGGAGAGGAGGGAUACUUAGGAAGAGAAAGAGAGAUCGUGUAUAACAUUUGAAAGUGGCAUGUCCUGAGAAUGAAAAGGACAGGGCAGGGUUCUAAGGAAAGGAAAUUAUGAGAGCAUGAGGAAAAACUUUCACAAUGACAGGAAGUGUCAACUCCAGUCCUGGAGAACUACUGGAGCACUCCAGGAACACUGCCCUUUCCCACCUGGACAAAAGGAACACCUAUGUGAGAAUGCUGUUCAUUGACUACAUCUCAGAGUUCAACACCAUAGUGCCCAUGAAGCUCAUCACUAAGCUAAGGACUCUGGGACUAAACACCUCCCUCUGUAACUGGAUCCUGGGCUUCCUGACGGGCCGCCCCCCAAGGUGGUAAGGGUAGGCAACAACACAUCUGCCACGCUGAUCCUCAACACUGGUGCCCCUCAGGGGUGUGUACUUAGUCCCAUCCUGUACUCCCUGUUCACCCACGACUGCGUGGCCAAACAACUCCAACACCAUCAUGAUGUUUUCUGACGACACAACAGUGGUAGGUCUGAUCACCGACAGCAAUGAGACAGCCUAUAGGGAGGAGGUCAGAGAACUGGCAGUGUGAUGCCAGGAUAACAAUCUCUCUCUCAAUGUGAGAAAGACAAAGGUGCUGAUCGUGGACUAUAGGAAAAGGAGGGCCGAACUGGCCCCCGUUAACAUCAACGGGGCUGGAGCGGAGCGGGUCGAGAGUUUCAAGUUCCUUGGUGUCCAGAAAACUAUCAUUGUACAAACACACCAAGACAGUCGUGAAGAGGGCACGACAAAUCCUUUUCCCCCUCAGGAGGCUGAAAAGAUUUGGUAUGGGUCCCCAGAUCCUCAAAAAGUUCUACAGCUGCACCAUCAAGAGCAUCCUGACCGAUUGCAUCACCGCCUGGUAUGGCAACUGCUCGGCAUCUGACUGACCUGAGCCCUAGGACCAUGCCCCAGGACUACCUGACAUGAUGACUCCUUGCUGUCCCCAGUCCACCUGGCCAUGCUGCUGCUCCAGUUUCAACUGGCCUGGGCCCUAGGACCAUGUCCCAGGACUACCUGACAUGAUGACUCCUUGCUGUCCCCAGUCCACCUGGCCAUGCUGCUGCUCCAGUUUCAACUGUUCUGCCUUACUAUUAUUCAACCAUGCUGGUCAUUUAUGAACAUUUGAACAUCUUGGCCACGUUCUGUUAUAAUCUCCACCUGGCACAGCCAGAAGAGGACUGGCCACCCCACAUAUGCUCUCUCUAAUUCUCUCUUUCUUUCUCUCUCUCGGAGGACCUGAGCCCUAGGACCGUGCCCCAGGACUACCUGACAUGAUGACUCCUUGCUGUCCCCAGUCCACCUGACUGUGCUGCUGCUCCAGUUUCAACUGUUCUGCCUUAUUAUUAUUCAACCAUGCUGGUCAUUUAUGAACAUUUGAACAUCUUGGUCAUGUUCUGUUAUAAUCUCUACCCGGCACAGCCAGAAGAGGACUGGCCACCCCACAUAGCCUGGUUCCUCUCUAGGUUUCUUCCUAGGUUUUGGCCUUUCUAGGGAGUUUUUCCUAGCCACCGUGCUUUUACACCUGCAUUGUUUGCUGUUUGGGGGUUUUAGGCUGGGUUUCUGUACAGCACUUUGAGAUAUCAGCUGAUGUACGAAGGGCUAUAUAAAUAAAUUUGAUUUGAUUUGAUUUGGUAAAUAUUUUCUUAACUCUUCUUGAACUGCAUUGUUGGUUAGGGGCUUGUAAGUAAGCAUUUCACGGUAAGGUCUACACCUGUUGUAUUCGGCGCAUGUAAACAAAUAAAGUUUGAUUUGAUUUUUUCUCAAAGUU